AUGGGAUGUAAUAUGUGCGUGGUCCAGAAACCGGAGGAGCAGUAUAAAGUGAUGCUUCAGAUUAAUGGAAUGGAUGUCCAGAACCGAGAGGAGGCAGUAGCCAUCCUGAGCCAGGAAGAGAACACCAACAUCUCCCUGCUGGUGGCCCGGCCUGAGAGCCAGCUAGCGAAGCGGUGGAAAGACAGUGACAGAGAUGACUUCCUAGAUGACUUUGGGUCUGAGAAUGAAGGGGACCUUCGUGCUAGGAAGCUGAAGUCACCCCCUGCCCCGCAGACUGGAAAUGAUGAGAAGGGUGCUCCUGAUGGGGGCCCAGGCUUGAGCAACAGCCAGGAGCUGGACAGCGGGGUGGGCCGGACUGAUGAGAGUACCCGGAAUAAAGAGAGCUCUGAACAUGACCUGCUGGGGGAUGAGCCCCCCAGCACUACCAACACCCCUGGAAGCCUGCGCAAGUUUGGCCUGCAAGGGGAUGCCCUGCAGAGCAGGGACUUCCACUUCAGCAUGGACUCUCUGCUGGCUGAGGGGGCAGGACUGGGUGGGGCUGACCUGCCUGGGCUCACUGAUGAGGAGUAUGAACUACUGGAGAUCAAGUGCCACCUGGAGAAUGGCAACCAGCUAGGCAUCUUCUUCUCCCGGGCCUCCAGUGGCAACGGUGCUCUAGAUGUCAACCGAAAUGAGAGCCUAGGCCAUGAGAUGGCCAUGCUGGAGGAGGAGCUUCGGCACCUAGCGUUCAAGUGCCGCAACAUUUUGCGGGCACAGAAGAUGCAGCAGUUGCGGGAGCGCUGUAUGAAGGCUUGGCUGCAGGAGGAGGAGAGCCUCUAUGACCUGGCAGCCAGUGAGCCCAAAAAGCACGAGCUGUCUGAUAUCUCUGAACUGCCAGAGAAAUCAGACAAGGAUAGCACCAGCGCCUACAACACUGGGGAGAGCUGCCGGAGCACUCCGCUGCUCAUGGAGCCUUUGCCUGAGAUCCCCCUGAAGCGAUCUGCUGCGGGCAAUUCCAAUUUGAACCGGACCCCUUCUGGCCCUCCUGUCACCGCCCACCCCAAAGGGGCUUCUUCACCAGGAAGCCCUGCCAAGUUCCGAUCACUCUCUCGGGAUCCUGAGGUGGGCCGGAGACAGCACUCAGAGGAGCCUGUCCGACGCAGCACCAAGACAGGUGUUACUCUGGAGCGUGUAGUUCCCGAAGGCAGCCCUUACCUCUCCAGGCGUCAUCGUGGCCAGGAGAGCGAGCAUUACCAGAGCUGUGUGCAGUUGACCCCGCCACGUACCCUGGAGGAUCUGGGCCAUGGCUCCUUGAGCUUGGCUAGUGGUCCUCGGGUGGGUGGGGUGGUGGCCGCAGCUGUCGAAGUACCCCGCAUGGAAUGGAAGGUGAAGGUGCGAAGUGAUGGAACCCGCUAUGUGGCCAAGCGGCCUGUGCGAGAUCGGCUGCUGAAGGCUAGGGCCCUGAAAAUACGGGAAGAGCGCAGCGGCAUGACCACUGAUGAUGAUGCAGUGAGUGAGAUGAAGAUGGGCCGCUACUGGAGCAAGGAAGAGAGGAAGCAGCACCUGAUCCGAGCACGGGAGCAGCGGAAGAGGCGUGAGUUCAUGAUGCAGAGCCGCCUGGAGUGUCUGAGGGAGCAGCAGAAUGGCGACAGCAAGCCUGAGCUCAACAUUAUUGCCCUGAGCCACCGUAAGACCAUGAAGAAGAGAAACAAGAAGAUCCUGGACAACUGGAUCACCAUCCAAGAGAUGUUGGCCCACGGUGCCCGCUCAGCUGAUGGAAAAAGGAUCUAUAACCCUCUGCUCUCUGUCACCACUGUCUGAGCUGCCCCAGCAAGAGCCCAGUCCAGGCCUAGAGAGCCUGACCCUCACCCUCCCUUAGAAUCUAGUGUGUGUCUAUGUGUGUGCUUGCACGCUGUGCUCAUGCACAUGCCUGUAUUUGUAUGUGUGCACAGGACUUUGGUAGUAGAAAGCCCCUAGAAGGGACACUUCUCUUCCACCUAUUUCCUGCUCCCCAAGAGGCUAUGUCAACAGCCAGCAUAGAGGGCAUACCCAUAAAGGCUACCUGUGUGUGACUGCAUGUUUGCGUACAUACACAGUGCUCUUGAUAUGUUGCUGGAGACAGGGAAGUCCGUGCAGAGAGAAGUGAGGUGGACUAUCUUAAGCACAAGAGAAUGUCCAGCUUCUUGCUGAGCAUGGCCUCUUCCCACCCCUGGAAGCCGCAGUUCCUUGUAGACAAAGGCAACCCUGAAUUUUGUGUUUUUUUCUCCUUUUCUGUGCUUGCCAACAGUUGUUUUCUGUUUUGUGGAUCUGCUCUAGGGGUUGGCAGAUCCUUCAGGCAGCCUGACAUAGGUGGACCCCACCGAGUGCUGGCUGGGAAGGAGGUUG